AAAUAAAAUGCAUCAUGGGAAUCAUCUGUACCAACAGGAACAUCCCCUUAAAAUAGCUCCCAGUCCAAGAUCAAUUUUUAGAGCGAUGGCCAUACCUGCCUCUGGUUUUCAUGUUUGUUACUUGAUUGAAAUGAAGAAGAAAAUUCCUCAUAACCCAUUUAAAGUGUAAUCUUGUGCCCUCAGUGUUUCCAACAUCAAGUAGAUAAGUUAGGUUUUAAGGACAAGAUUAUCAUGUGUAGAUUUUAAGAAGACUUUAAUGACAUUUUGUUCUUUUUCACACUGUAGAACAGAAUGAUUCUAUUCUGUAAUCCUAUUUUGUGUUUAUCAUCAUGCCAUCCAAAAAGAACCUUGUUUGGCUAUAAAGCCUUAGGUUGUACACAGGAUUAGAACUACACAGACUUGCAAAACAAGCAAGAGAAUCAAAGUGUCUCAGAGGUGAUCUAGUCCGAAUCCUGGUCCCCAGGCAGGAGGUUGGGUUAGAUAACCUUGGGGACACUUUCAUUCUUAUUCAACAGUCAGGAAAUCUCUUAGUUUAUACAUUUUUGACAGAUAUUUGUAUGUUUCUUCUGAAAAUCUUCCGUCGAUUGAGAGUCCCACAGAUGUAUUGCUCAAACAGGCAAUGAUUUCCACUGAUGUAUUGCUCCUUGGAAGUAACCAUGAGAACAUUUGCCCCUAAAUAUUCAACCUAAAACUAUUAACAUGGGUUAGUUAACAUCCCAAUUUUAAACAAAUGCCACUGAAACGUAUACAGAAAUGGGAAACUUUCAAGCAACUGGGAUCCUAAACCCAUUAUUUCUUGCUCUUCGCUUACUGGUUUCCAUCUUAUGCAGGACUGCUUUUUCAAAUUGUUGUAAACCGCCCAGAGACAUAAAUUUUGGGCGAUAUUAAAAUAUGUUAAAUACAUAAAUAAAUAAAUAGUUAUCUUCCCCUCUGAUCUAGGCUAGAAGCUGCCUUAAAUCUUUCCUCUUGUGACUUUCCUCUUAUGAAUUGCAUUCUAGAUGCUUUAAUCUUGUUGCUCUUUUCUAAAACUUUUCCAAUUUGCUGAUAUCUUCUGUGUCCAAAUUGAACAUAUUCCUCCCAAUGAGUAUUUUUCAAAUAUUUUACAGAGAAUAUACCGUGUUUGAAGGUACUUAACAAUGGAUUGUUUUCUUGUAGAAUUUCACUGCUGUAACAAAUACAGUAGCUCAGAGAAACCAAAGUAAUUAUAAUAGUCUAUGUAAAAUCAUUAGUUUAGAAACAGUAAGCAAAGGAUUCUCAGAGGCUGGGGCUGUGUGUAGCAGAAUUAGUGUCUUGCACAAUCGUUCUUGUAUUCUGCUUUUUUAGAAAACAAGUAGGGUUUAUCAUGGCUUUGGGGUUGUUGUUUUUUAAAAAAACAUGUUAUAUGUGCCUGUUGAAUGUUCCCAGAUAUGCUACAUGUGCAGAACAUUUUUAAAAUUUACUUCCUUAUAGUUAAAACUAGAAACCAGUGGUGAUUCAAAAGAGGAUGUUUGGGCUUUUAAUGUGAGCCAGACAUUCAAAGCACAAGUACAGUAGCCCAAAUGUCCUUUAGAAACAGGAACUCAUAGAAGAACAUAUGCAUAUGGAACUCCUCAAGUGAUGCUUGACUACAUGGAAAAGAUAAAUGACAAUGACAGCAAGCCAAGCAGCAGCCACCAAAGUCUAAAUGGUACCACAAGAUGGGCUACAUCACUAGAAAACCUGCUGGAAGAUCCAGAAGGCGUCAAGAGAUUUAGGGAGUUUUUAAAGAAAGAAUUUAGUGAGGAAAAUGUUUUGUUUUGGCUAGCAUGUGAAGAGUUUAAGAAGAUACAAGAUAAGAAACAGAUGCAAAAAAAGGCCAAUGAAAUUUACACAACUUUCCUGUCAAGUAAAGCUUCUUUUCAAGUCAAUGUUGAAGGUCAGUCCCGUUUGGAUCAGUCAAUAUUGGAAGAACCUCACCCCCUAAUGUUUCAGAAACUUCAAGACCAGAUCUUCAACCUCAUGAAAUACGACAGCUACAGCCGCUUCUUAAAGUCAGACAUGUUUCUUAAGCUGAAGGAUACUGAAGAACAGGAAGAAAACUCACCAGAUGCUCAAACUGUAGCAAAAAGAGCUUCUAGAAUUUACAACACAUGAUCCAAAUAACAACAAACAGUUCCCACUGAGAUUAUAAUGAAAAACAAAUGAGUUCUCUGGAACACUCUUGGAGGUUAACACAGUUGCAUUUAAAGCUUGAAAAAACAUAGAACCCUGUUAGGCAAUGCUUAACCUUAAUUGCUUGAAUGACCUACUUGUUUUUGCAUGAUGGCUACUACCAAAUCCCCUUGGCCAAGGCAGUUAUACUAAACCCUUGGAAGGACUGAUGACUUGCAAAUCAUCUGUAGACAGAAGACAAGGUUGCUUUUGCCUUCUAAGCUGUAUACCUUUCCUUGUGAAUCAUGGGGAAAUAAUGCAGCACAAACCAUGGGAUACAUUUGGAAGCAUACGUGGUAUAAGGGAAAGGCAGCAUAUCUGUUCGAAACCCUCAUAGGACCUGAUCUUAAGGUUGCCAUCUCCCCUGGAUUUUCGGGUAUUUACCGGAUUUUAAGUGUGUUUCCUGGUUAGCCCAUUAGCUUGCCCAGAUUCCUAGCUUUCAUUAAUAGAAAAAAGAAGAAAAAGCAAAGCUCUACCCCUUGUAGUGACGUUAAGGAUCAAGACCUGUGGUCACUAUUUAGAGAAAGGCAGGUGAAGCACUGGAGGUUGGCUGAUAGACUUCUCCAUAAGUAAUCUCCCUGAGGAAUGUUGCCUUUGUUUCUUGUCAGCAAGGUAUCCCUAUGGGCAGGUGAGAGGAUAGCUUGAUUUUGAUGUAAAUCACUGCCUACUUGUGUAUUGUAAUGCUUGAGUGCAAUCCAUUCUUUGCAAGCCCUGUUAGAAGUAAGUAACAUUGGUUUCAGCCAGUGGCGGAACCAGGGAAAGAGCUUCUGGUGUUCCUCCCAGUCCCCCGAUGGACCUGCUGUGUUCAUGCUAGUGACGCCCCAUGCACAUGACAUCAUGUGCAAAAGGGGCAUGGCCCAAUCAGCGGAGGACCCCCAUGCCCUCCGGAGCACAUUUAUUUCCCUUCCUCUUUCUCCGGUGCUUGAAUGCUUCUACAUUAACGUGCUUGGUACCUCACAAGACAAUUUCAUAUUUGAACGAACAGCCAAGUAACAAGCUGGAAAUCCCUAGGUUAGGACAGGAUAAUAAUAAUCACAAAUACUUUGCAUUUGUCUAGUGAAUUGCCAAGCGCUUCAGAGCCAUUUCUCUCUGGGAGAGGCGACCAAGUCAAAGGCCCCUGAUCUUUAGGGAGAUUCUCAAAUCAUGCACCUUGGGUACCAGGCACUGGGAAGGAGAAGCUGCCUGGUCUUUCUUCUCUUUUUAACUUCAGGGAUUCAGAGUGUUCUUUCCUCUCCCUGCCCCUGUCUCCCUUGCACUCUCUGCAUGCACACACAGAAGCAAAUUAAUGGGGAAUAAAGAAGCUGGAGUCCACGGCAAGUACCUGCUCCUUACAAAUGAGCCUUCAGGUAGCUUCCCCCGCUUCUCCUUGCCAGCCCGCCUUGCUGCCCCUCUGCUGAUGAGGAGGGGCAGCAAGAUGUGGCUGCUCGCUGCAUUGAGAACACUUGGAGGAGAAAGAGGUGGGGAUUUAUGAGGAGCAGUGACCCAUGCACACCUGUGAUAUGGCAAUUUGACCACACCCCUCUUGCACAUGAUGUCAUGUGCCAGGCGUACUCAUGCAGCCCUCUGUGAUUGGCAGCCUGGGUUCUUUGAAUCCUGCCACUCAAUGGCUCUCCAUCCCUGAAUCAAACCUUCUCUCAAGUAAGUGUAUAUGGGAUUGUAGCCUUAACUGAAAUGUCACUGUAGUCUUCAUUUAUUUUCUAUAGAUAUUAUUUUGUCUUUGUGGUGUGUGUUUUUUAAUUUUGCUUUAAGCCACCAUAAAUUCUCCCUGCCCCCUGCUCUUUUCCAGCCUAUACUAGUGUUCUAAAUCAAAAGGAAUCAUUUUGGUGUUACAUUUUACAUACUUCUCUCAGUAUGUAAAUGGUGACCAUGACAAGGCUCAAGCAUGAAAGCUUUAAUCCCUAGCGCCAGUUUUUGUAGGGUCAAUUGUAGAACUUAGUGGUGAUGAAAAUGCACUCAACAUUGCUCCUCAGCAUAAGCUUUGAUUUGGUAUCUUCACCAAUCAUAUCUGAUAUCUUCACCUUCACCAAUAAAUAGCAUAUUUAAAUUAUCAUAUUCAAACCAAUAAAUAGCAUGUUUAUUAACCAAAAAAUAGCAUAUUGGUAUUGGAAAGUGGAGUGGAAUGAUAGUCUUCAAUUGGUGAGGAAUCCAUGAAAGCACUACACACAGCUAAUUAGACAAGAAUAAAAACAAACUUGUAUAUUAGAAAGUGUUGGAAAAUAAAGUCUGGGUGUUUAAUGCUCAGGUAAAUGGUCAGGUAAAGAGACUCUCUCCAACUAUUGUUGGUAGAUAUCCAGAGCAAAUACAAGUCAACUGGUCAGUGCACCAGUUCAGUUGCAUAACAUGCAUAUUAUUUUCAAGCUAAUUUGCAUACCAUGCAAAUUAGGCUGCCCAGGUUUGAAGAGCUUGAAUAAGGCAACCCUAUCUGAUAACCACACAUGCUCGACCACAAAUGCAGAUUUUUCUAUUUUUAGAUGCUAUUUGAACAGGUUUGGAUUUGUCUUGAAUUUUGCAUUCUUGGUGACAAAAACUGAACUAAAAGACCAGAGCAGGACUCUUUUCCUCCUGAUCUGACAAAACCUUAGAAAUCUAAAUUAAGGGAAAUAAAUGUAAAGGCAGUGGAAUGUUCAUGUGAGUCACUGCUUUUAAAUCACAACUACUUUUCCCAGUAGUGAAUCCAAGCAAUCGGAAAAAUAAAUAAAUAAAUCCUGUUCUCUUUCUAACAAAAACACAAGCUCGUCUCUCUAAAAGCUGCUUUCAGAAUGGCUUUUGUAGGGCUUCCUUGUUAGUGUUUCUUUGGACUGGGGAAAGAUUACAUAUUUCUUCUACUUGUCCUGAUUGUUAAGAGCUCUUACGUUUUCCUUUCCAUUUUUAUUGCGCAACUGAGCUUCCCCCAGCAAUGACUUUCCAGAGUUUUGAUAUGGAAAACUGAAGGCUGCCAUUUCAUGCUACAGUAGGCUUUUUCUGUGAACACAAACUAACAGUUAGCUUAUUGCUGUAACAAACCUGUAUCAUAUAGCUCCAUUUUUCUGCACUCAAAAUGCACUUGGAGAUUUGCCUGCCACCGUCUCAUGGAUCAGUUUACCUAGCAGGGUGAAAUGUAAGAUAGCACCGCACCCAAUGAAUGUGUCUUUCCAACUCGACAGCAAGUAUGAGCAAGCUCUGAACCUUCCCCAUUCAAUCAAAGGAAUUUUGUCUUGAUUGCCAAGACUCUCUCUCUUUUUUUUUAAAGGCAUCAUUUUAACCAGGCAACAUUUUUACUUUUCUUUUUUUUGCUAAAAUUGUUUUCAUAUGCUGCAACAGAACUUUAAAAUACGGAGUGAUUUUCCAAGUGCUUCUCUUUUAGAAUGUAUUAACUCUGCAUAGAAAUCCUUCAUUGUGUCCUGUUCGGAUUUACAAGAUCUGUGACCAGUUGGUGUGCAAUAACAGAAUUUCAAGGUGGCUGGGGGUGGGGACAGCAGGGUGAGACCAAUCAUCAUUUAGUUCAGCACCUAUUAUCCCACUAUUGUAGGGCAUGUUGCUCCUAUUUACCUGCUAGCUAGGCAAAGAGGCAUCUUUUAAAGUGGUGACACUCUGGCAGGGGGAGAGCAAUGGUUUCUAUUCAGCCCAGAAUAGUGUCCCUCCCAUUGCUGUUGCUGAAGCCUUUGUUCUGUUUCUUUUUGGAUUGUGAGCUCCUUUGGGACAAAAAAUCAUCUGUUAAUUGAUUUUGCUCUGUAAACCGCUUUAUGAUCUUUUUGUGCUGAAAAGCAGUACAUCAAUAUUUAUUAUAACAAUAUUUCUAAAUAAAGCUAUUCCACAUGAGUCAAUAGCUUUCCAUGAUACAUCGAUGGAAGCAGGAUAUCUAGCAAAGGAGCUGGUGUCACUGCCCUGAAUAGCUAUAUCCAUGAAUUAAAGAGUGAUUAACAGCCUAGGCUGUGUAGAGACAUACAUUAAAAUAUGUCACUUGAUUCUUAUGAUGUUCUUGUCACAUGUACCUAAUAAUCUGCAGGAUCAAGUUUGGGAUGGUGGUGGGGAUACAUUUCUGUUAAUCAGCAGUUGCUGGGUACUGACUGUGCACAAAAUUAUUUGGCUGAUGUUUCUGACAUCGCAUAGCUUGAUCCCUCCGACAAGGCCAUUUCUCAACGUUUCAAAUAUAUAAUUGCUUAAUCUUUUUUAAGGCAACAACUUUAAACUGUAGUGAAUUCUGUUUACAGGUACCUCUGUAUGGCUGAGGGGCGGGGGCGAGUUGGAGAGCUGCCUAGGCGUAAUAUACAAUUUGAACAAAUGCUAUAUUCCAGCAAAGUACACUUUUGGGGAUACCAGCUCCCCACCCCAUAAAUGGCAUUAUGAUAGAGCUAUUUUUCAACUUUUUGGUCUUAGAUAUAAUAAGGCAGGUGGGAUGAAUGAGAACUAUGAAGUUUAGAAAGACCUUUGAGAGAAGUAUAGAACUGCCAGAGGUACAAGUGCACUUGCAGGGACUUAAGAGAUCAAUACAAGAAAUGAUAAGCUCAGAGAAGGAUUGCUUUUGGACAGAUAUGGAAGAAUUCCCUGGUAGAGGCCUGGAUAUUUUAUUUUGGUGUCUCAUUUUGCUUUAUUCAGGUACAGUAUGUGCAUCUGUUUCCUAUGCAUGAUCUCCAAAUGGUGAGGAUAUAUAGUUGCAGUUUAUGUUGAUGAUACUUGAGUUCAGCUAUAUUUGGAAAUGUUCCAUCUUCCGUGCUUGAAAUGGACUGUGCACGCUCCCGUACUAAUAGUUCACUAUUACAUAUCAUCAUUAUUCUCAGCUGAUGAAAUAUGAAAAAAUUCAUCAGUUGAGAAUAAUGAUGAUAUGUAAUAGUGAACUUAUUAGUAUGGAAGCAUGCACAGUGCUGUGGGGUUUUUGUGAUGAAAGCAAACCACCUACACAGUUCUCUUCAAAAUACCUCAAAGAAUAAGAAAAAAAAAAUAUGUUGGCAGCCUGAGAAUCUGCUCUGACUGUUGUGCUGAUCUGUGAAAGUUGUUAAUGAAAAAUUAAACGAUAGAUAAUAAACAUUUUGCAUAAGUUACUUUUACUACAAGUUUUGCAUAAGUUUGUGUGUGUGACAAAAAUGAACUACCUUACACCUAAUUAAUAUUACAGCAUAUGAAAAAUGUCCAUAAUUAAUUAAAACUUUUUUUUGCACUUUG